AUGGCUCAAGCCAAUGGAUCCACCAGCUUCAAGGGCAGCCCGGACUGGACUGUGCCUCUCUGGCGAAACGGCGAGCAAGUGGAGACGACCGACACCUUCGACAUCAUCUCCCCCUUGACGGAAAAAGCGCUCUAUAAAUCUUCAUCGGCGUCCGUGGAAGAUGUAGAUGCCGCCAUUGGUGCUGCAGAGCAAGCGUUCCCGUCUUGGAGCAAGACAAAGCCCGGCUUUAGAAGAGACCUCUUCCUGCGAGCGGCUGAAGAACUGGUCAGGCGCAGGGAUGACCUCUGGCACUUCUGCUCCACCGAAGUCGCCUCGACUCCGCCAUACUUCGAGUUUGACUUUGCCGAUGCUCUGGAGUCGCUGAAGAGCUGCGCCGGCCUGAUUGCUUCAUCCAGCAUGCAGGGUCACGUCCCGGCGAUGCUGGAUGAGGAACGAAGUGCCAUGGUGAUCAAGGAGCCAUACGGCGUGGUAGUGGCCAUCGCGCCGUGGAACUGCCCAUGCAUUCUCGGCCUGAGAUCCUUCUUGGGCCCGCUCGCAAGUGAGUGGAUUUCACUGAACAACGUACUAAGUUAGUAACUCACGCCGACUGACCGAAUCAGUGGGAAACACGGUCGUUGUGAAAGGCGCCGAGAGAUCUCCCGCCUGCUACUGGACUCUCAUGGACAUCUUCCACAAAGUCGGCCUACCAGCCGGCUGCCUGAACACCAUCAUCCACCGACCCGACGACGGCCCACGAAUCGUCCAACACCUCGUUUCCCACCCCACGGUCCGCAAGAUCAACUUCACCGGCUCCACCGCCGUCGGCUCCGUAGUCGCAGGUCUCGCAGGAAAGCACCUCAAACCCCUCCUCAUGGAACUCGGAGGCAAAGCUCCCUCCAUCGUCUGCGAAGACGCCGAUCUCCAAGUCGCCGCCCUCCAAUGCACCCUCGGAGCCUUCCUCUACUCCGGCCAAAUCUGCAUGUCCACCGAGCGCAUCCUCGUCAACGCCAAGGUAGCAGACCAAUUCCGCCAAGUCCUCGCCGCCACCAUCGACCAAGUCUUCCCGGACAAGAACGGCCUCGUGCUCAUCGACAAAGCACCCGUCCUCCAGAACUCCAGACUCCUCCAAGAUGCCGUCCGCAAAGGCGCCAAGGCUUCUUAUGGCGACAUCGACGACAAACGCGACCUCGGGACCGCCAUGCGGCCCGUCAUCCUCGAAGGCGUCCAGAACGGCAUGGAUCUCUACUACACCGAAUCUUUCGGCCCUACCGUUUCCCUCUUCGUGGUGCAAGAUGACGAAGAAGCCAUCAAGAUCGCAAACGAUACGGAUUAUGGCUUGGCGAGCGCCGUCUUCACCGAGAACUUGCAGCGGGGUUUGAGGAUCGCGAGGCAGAUUGAAACGGGUGCUGUGCAUAUUAAUUCCAUGAGCGUGCAUGACGAGGCGAGUCUGCCGCAUGGAGGGGCGAAGAAGAGUGGGUUUGGGAAAUUCAACGGCGAGGUGAGUCUUGUUCGCCUCGCGGAGGCUUUGGUUGUGAAUGGUGCUGACGAAUGUGUAGGAGGGCCUGCGGGAGUGGGUCAGGUUGAAGACCAUCACCUGGAGGAAUUAA